AUGAUGCACCCGCUGAGCUCCAUAGACGCGCUGGAGCGCAAAGUGGCCGAACUGGAGGCGGUCGGGGACCGGGACGGCGUGAUCGAGUGCCGGAUCCACCAGUUGGCCAGUACGCAGCUGCUGGUGGACGUGCACGACCUUCCCAUCGCGGCCGCGUGCCACCAGCACUGCCUGCUGUCCGAGGCCUACAGUCUUGGGGGUUACGUGGCGCAGGCCCUGGAGCACGUGCACUACGGGCAGCAGAUCGUGGAGAGCCAGAUCUACGACAACGGCCCCUCGCACCGGCUCGGGAGCAGCCUGGCCCUGGCCGAGGGGUUCGCCUACGUCGCAGAGGGAAAGGACUAUCAGCUCGCGCUGCAGUGCCUGCACAAGGCCGCCACGCUGCUGAAACAGGCCUACGGCCCCGAGGACUUGCAGCUCGCGCGCGCGUACGAACUGCUGGGCAAAGUGACCACCACGCGGAAGGAGUACAGCACAGCGUUGGAGCACCUCUCGCAGGCCUGGGAAAUCCGCGAGCACUGUCUCGGGUGGGAGCACGAACAGACGCUCCUGCUGUGGCUGGAUAUGGCCUGGGUCCACCACCUGGCCGGAGACCAGGAGGAGGCCUUGUCGCUGCAGCAGUCGGUCGUCGACAAGGUGAUCAAAGUUGGGAAAUACCCCAACCUCGCCACGGACGCGGCGCUCCGCCUGGCCAAAUGGACCGACACGAAGACCGCACUGGACCGCCUUCGUGACGUGGAGCACUUGCUGCGAAACCACGACGCGCACCACCCCCGCAUGGUCGAAAUCAAACGCGAGCUGGCGCUGCUCCUCAUAAAACGACGUGAGCACGACCAAGCUCUCGAAUACCUCGCGGACGUCCAGUAUUAAUUUUGUUAAUUUGCGUUCCUCUUCUUUCUCUUGGUGGUACCUAGUUCUGAGAAACGAAGUGCGUGCGGCGAGAGCGAGGCCCUGGAUCAUUAUUUGUCGACCUAGUAUAUUGUGUAGUGAGCUCAUCUUAUAUAUACCUUGAACUCAAACAAUCUUGAUUGAUAAAAAAUCAAACAAGGAAAUUGGAGCGCGGUCUGUAUGGGCAGCAGUCAGUUCAGCUCGCCCGAACGCUUAAAGCCAUGGGAACGGUGUACAUGUUGAAGGGGAAUUCCUACCAGUCCGAGGCGGUCGACGCACUACGCUAUCCUGUGCAAAAGUAUCGUAUUCGUAUUGCAGUCAUGCAUUACAAACUUUUUCCGAAGGUAAAUCCGCAUUACAAAUUUUAUUUCUCAUGCUGAGAAAAUUUGUAUAUGCAUUUAUACGAGUGCGAUACUUUUGCAGUUCAUAUACGCGCCUCGCUGGCUAUUUUUGAGGGGAACCCCAGCACUUCAGUUGCUGUCAUACAGGAUGUAAAGCAGAAGCUCCAAACUCUGCACCCUGCCGCGAACACAAGCAGCACUGGUCGAACUACAAAAUAAUCGAUCGAGGAUUUCGAAGCCAAAGAUGAAAAUUGUCAUCGUCAUUGUCUGGUCCCGGUAUUAACGAUGUCCCCACUGGUGUUCGCCACGGACGGCUCCUCGGCGCCAAUUGCAUGAUCCUGAUUUGUUCGAAGAUCUGACGCAACCGGGUUUUCUUCUGUCGUGGUUGUGAAAACUCACAUG